CACACUCACAUGCUCAAGAGUUGGUCUGACCAUAACUAAUUUUACCAAUUUGUAAAAGAAACUUGAACCAGGAUAUACUUUUGGUUAACUGCCACACCGAGGAAGGGUCAUGGAUCCGAUUGUGGAAGUAGUGGCAUUGUUUCUGGGGUUCGUCGGAUGGGUGAUGGUGGGGGUCACGCUUCCAAACCGUUACUGGAAGGUCUCCACUAUAGAUGGGACUGUCAUCACAACCUCUACUAUUUAUGAAAACUUGUGGAUGUCCUGUGCCACAGACUCAACUGGGGUGCAUAACUGCAGGGAGUUUCCUUCGCUGCUUGCUUUGAAUGGUUACAUCCAGGCUUCUCGUGCUUUGAUGAUCAUCUCGAUAGUGUUGGGCACCUUUGGACUGGUGGCGGCUCUGAUAGGAGUUCAGUGUUCCAAAGCAGGAGGAGAAAACUAUGUUCUCAAAGGGAGGAUUGCAGGCACUGCCGGGGUCCUCUUUAUACUUCAAGGUGUGUGCACUAUGGUGUCAGUGUCCUGGUAUGCCUUCAAUAUUACUCAGGACUUCUUUGACCCUUUCUAUCCUGGGAUAAGGUAUGAAAUAGGAGAGGGGCUCUACAUCGGAUGGUGCUCUGCGAUCCUUGCCAUUGCCGGAGGGGCCUGCCUCACGUGCUCCUGCAAGAUGGCCACGCAGGAAAAAUACCCUUUGCCUUACCAAGCCAGGGGAACAGUAUACUCUGGCGCUGCACAGAGCAGAAGCGCGGCUGCCAGCACUUAUGGAAGAAAUGCUUAUGUUUGAGCAGGAUAUAGGAACCAGAAAGUUACACUUUGCAUGGACCUUUUUGUCCAUGAUAACUGAUAAUAUAUAUGAGAUGUUUUCUGAAGCACGUAAAUUAGCACCGCUGCACUGUAUAUAACUGCAACAUCAAGAGUGUAUUCUGCAAAAAAAAAAAAAAAACCUGCAUUGAGGUGUCAGCACUGAUGCUGUAAAUAUUGUACAAAGCUACACUGCUCAGCAACAUUCCUGUGCACAACCAGGCUGAAUGCUUUUAAUGAAUCUUGUUUAUCCACUGUUAAAAUUCAUUUAUAGUCAUUCACUCAAUUUCAGAUAUAUUCAUUCACAAACUAUCUGCGUAAACAUGGCCAGAGAUUUGUGAGGUCAAACUGGGAUGAAUCACAUAUUAUUUGUGUCU